AUGUUAUAACAAUACAAUUCAAUAGUAGUUGAUGCCAGUUACAUAAAUAAGAAUUACACCUAAGAAAGCGUGAUAGGAAAAGGGCGAGACUUUUACACCGGAAUAUCCUCGAUUAGUUACCUUAUGUCUCAUUCGAAGGAAGGAGAGAAAUAUAUACUCCAAAUUUAUGAGAACUUGGGUUAUGAUACAUUCAGAACCAAGGUAUUGCAAUUGCAGAAAGCCAUGUUGGAAUGCGUCAAUGAAUACACCACCAGAAUAGUGAUGAUAGCAGAAAAAGAAUUAAAUGAUAAGCAAUCUGAUUUGUAUGUGUUAUACAGAUUGAACGCAUUGAAGAAGAGAUUGGAUCAAGAGGAUCAAUUAGGUCCAGAAUAGGCUCUAGAAUUGCUGACUACAUUUUGUAAGAAUCUGCUAAUUACAGCUCGAUCAACUUUUGAGUUUCUGGAUCUCGCACCUCAAAAUGUAUUUGUAGACGGGUAAAAAUUCAUCAUUUCCAAUAUGGGCAUUUCUUUCAAAGGCUCUAAAUUCCAUAGACCUUACAUACCAAGUACCGACAGCUUUUUUAAGGAUAAAUCCCUUGCAAAUUUAAUUUAUACCUAUUCCUUCUAAGCAGGCUUGGUUGUCUUAUGUGCCAUCACCAAGAUCAAUUCGGCAGAUUUCUUCUUCGAGGAUGGACAACUCAAAGACAAUAUAUUGCAAUCAGUAUUGAAAGUCCUUAGAGAAAAUCAGAAAACUGACAGAUCUAAAGAAGAUUAACUCAAAUACGAUAAAUUUAAAGAUUCGUUAAAAAAAUAGUUGCCUUCUUUAUCCAAAGUUGAAAAGCCAUUUGAAGGGGAUUACAAAGCAAUUUUACCAAUCUUAUCUUAAAUAUUGUCUUUGGAUCAGUAAAAGAGAUCUAUUUUCUAAUUGUUGGUUUGCUAUCCUGAUAAUCCAUUGAAGGUUGAGUAUCCAUUCUUUCAAUAAGCCAUUGAUGUCAACUAAUAAUAUGUUGGAUUUGGUAGAUUAGAGGAUAAUUAGAUCAUACCUCAUGGUUAUGGCUAAGGGAAGUUUGAAGAUUAAUGGCAUUAUGGAACUUUUGAGGAUGGUCAAUUAAGUAAGGAUGGAACCAUCGAAAUGAAGACUUAGAAGGCUGUCUCGUAUAUUCUAUUGAAUUUGUUAGAAAGACACGACAAAAUUAUUGUAGAGUUAAAUAAAUACAUUUACAUCGGAGAAUUUGAUCAAUAGAAGUAUAUACCUAAUGGAAUGGGGGAAAUCAUUUAUGUAUUGACUAGUUAGAAGAGUUUAUAAAGGAAGAGACAAACUAUCAAUUUCGAAGGACAAUUAAAAUUAGGUGAAAAGGUUGAGGGCAGGGAAUAUUAUAGAAACAAAUCUAAUUUCGAUGGCACAUUUGCCAAAAAUACUCCAUUGAAAGGGGUUUUCACAUAUGGUCCUAAUCAUUUUUAUGAUGGUUUAAUUGAGGAUUUCAAAAGAAUAUCAGGAAAAUUAUACUUUGGAGAUUUAACUUUUGAGGGAGUAUUUGAAAAUGAUAAAGUAAAAUCCGGAGCUUUGAUUUAUGAGGAUGGAAGUGAAUAUAAGGGAUAAUUUUUAAAUGGAUAAAGAUCUUCAUUGGAUGGAACGUAUACAUAUAGUAAUGGUAAGGUAUAAUAUACUGGAAAUUUCAAAGAUGAUACCUUCCAUGGAAGGGGAGUUCUAAUUCUAUUGGAAACGAAUGAAUAGGUGGAAGUUGAGUAUGAGUAUGGAAGAUGUAAGACAGAUUUACCAGAAAACUUUAAAGAAGUAUUGAAGAAAAACAAAAAAUAAGUAAUUCAGAAAAUGGAACAAAAGAAACCUUAGAAGAAGAAUAAUGAUGAUGAUGAUGACGAGUAAAUUAAAGAAGAUAUAGAUGAAGGAUUGGCUGAUGAUGAUGGAAAAUAUCAUGAUUUGGAUGAUGAAGACGCUUGA